AUGAAGGUCCUUGUUCUUGUUUCCGUUCUUGCUACCGUCGUCUACGUCUCUGGCGCAGUUACUCCGGAUGUGAUCUACGACGAUCCAAUUUACGAAUUAAGAGAAAUUGAAGGCACUGAGAACGAAGCGGCAGUGGCAGUGGGGGAUGUUUUGUCUGAUCUGGCACCACUUCGACAUCGCAGAGCAACAUGUGACGUUGUAUUUUCAUUUCAAUCAAAACGGCUGAGCGUUAAUCAUUCUGCCUGUACUGUCAGAUGUUUGGCGCAACGCCGUAAAGGUACCUGUCGAAACGGCGUUUGCAUUUGCCAUAAAUAA